UUCCGUGCAUCUCACAACCAAAUCAGACAUAUUGCAAAUCCCGCAGCUCAAAUGUCCAAUCUUUCGAAAAAAAUUAGAGAAAUUUCUCAAAACUGUAAAUAGGGUUCUUCCGGUUAACGUGGGCAGAGCAUUGACGGCGCUAUUUAUCCACUUCUCCUACCAAUUUACCAAAACUCGAACCCCAACUCAGUCUCCAACUCGAUCUCUCCACUCGCUUUUGCUCAAACAAUGCACGAAUCUACAAAAUAGUAAGAGCCCCCGUUUCCCCUUUAUUGCGCAUAAUAUAUAUAUAUAUAUACUUUUGUUUCUUUAAGACCAUGCUAUUUCAUCGAAACCUCAAAACUUCUUCCCCCUCCCCUGUACUUUUCUUGUCCGCAAUCGAAGCAAGAAGGCAACCCCACGUAAUUUUCCCCCAUUCGGACCAAAACCCAUCUCUGAAUUUCACCCCAAAUCCCUCUUGCUCUGAUUUCGACCUCAGAUCCACACCUCAGAGACGUCCAAUACAAUCCAUACGCCGCCGUUGCGUCGUCGCUCGAAAUCUGCGUCUGAUUCUGUGCGGAUUUGUAAUCUGCGUUUCGUUCAAUGUGGUUUAGAGAGAGGGAGUAGAGGGAGAGAGAGGGAAAGAGGGAGAUGGCGGGUCAAGUGGUGAGAGUGAAGAGGGAAAUACUUGAAACAUGCAUGACGUGCCCUCUUUGCAAGAAGCUGUUGAAGGAAGCUACGACCAUAUCUCUCUGCCUUCACACGUUUUGCAGGAAAUGCAUAUACGAGAAACUCUCAGAUGAGGAGGCUGAUUCUUGUCCUGUAUGCAACAUUGAUUUAGGCUGUCUUCCUGUGGAAAAACUGAGGCCAGACCACAAUUUGCAAGAUAUAAGAGCAAAAAUAUUUCCUCUUAAGAGGAGAAAGAUUAGUGCACCAGAAGUUUCACCCUUGGCUUCACUGCCUGUAAAAAGGAAGGAGAGAUCGUUAUCUUCAUUGGUGGUUAACACUCCCAAAGUGCCGAUGCAGAGUGGCUCGACUGGAAGAAGAUCCAAGAAUGUUGCAAGAAAGGCUGCUUCACGAGGAUGUAGUUUUGGCAUCGAGGAACCACUAAAGAAAGAAGAAGAUUCUGGAGAAGAUGAUACAUCAAGUUCCAGCUCUUCCGAUUAUUUGAAUAAAAGCGUUCGGCAUAGAAGGCAGGACUCAUCUUUGGCUGAGCCUUCUAACAGUGUAAGACAUGAGGAUCUUGAGAAUGAUGUAGGUGCCGUAGAAGGAAAAGCCGAUCUCUGGACACCCUUAAAUUGUUUGGUUGAAGCUGCUAACCGAACGAAGUCUACCAAGCUAAAUUUCCAAGUGCCAUCAUUAGCCAAAUUGGAACCAUCCGAUGGUGAAUUCAGUGCACAAGAAACCAAGGAGAAAGUACUGUCACUUGGAGUUCCAAACUACGGAUUGUAUAUGCCCAAAACAAGAAAUAAGGAGCAUGGAAGCAACCCGAAGGCAAAGGAUAAGCAUAAUGGGACCACAUUACUCCCAGAAUCCAUGAAACGUAAAAGGUUGCGGGCAACCGCUCGUAACAAGGCAGCUGCAUCUGGUGAGCUAGGCUCCCCAGCACAUGUCGUGCUUGAUGCAUCAGCUGCGAAAUGUAGAAGAAACAAUCCAAUUUGGUUCUCAUUAAUUGCUUCAGAAGACAGUUAUAGGAAAGGAGGUUUUUCGUUGCCUCAAAUAUCAACUUCUUACUUGAGAAUAAAGGAUGGGAAAAUGCCUGUUUCUUCUAUCCAGAAGUACCUUGUAAAGAAACUAGAUCUUAAGAGUGAAGCUGAGGUGGAAAUAUUGUGUCGGGGUCAGCCCGUGCUUCCAUCGCAGCAGCUACAGAACUUGGUCGAUUUGUGGUUUCGAACAGCGUCGACGGCAAAGAAAAUUCCAGCGUCCAUUGGCUCGUCUGCUAAGGACUUUGUGAUGGUCCUCUCAUAUUGUCGCAAAGUCCAGACCCCUUAACGUGCUUCUGAGUUCCCGUCUUGCAUCUGUACGUCGUUACAUCUUUGCAUAGUGUUUAAUGAGCAUCACAGUUCUGACCUGAAGCCUUCGGGUUCAUCAUGUUUGCUUGAACAUGCAGAUGAUUAUUAUAUAUCUGAAUUCUUUGAUUGUUUUAUUUCAUUGGUAUACCCAUAUAUAAUGAACAAUUGGUCCAGUGCUGCCUCUCGUUCCAUUUUUGGGUCUCUUUUGAUUCUUCUAUAGUCACUGGUGUCACUCUUCUUACCAAAA